AUGCAGGUGUGGAUGGCUGAACAGCAGGGCCUGAACCUGCGCCCGCUGAUCCUACAGCUUCAGCCACAACAGGAAACACAGCAGAUCUCCUUUUACUGCAAAGUGUGCUUCCUCAUCCUGUCCUCUGCUGAGAGCUUCUACAAGCACUGCUCCUCUGUAGAGCACGCCCAGUUACUGCGACAGGACACCAGCGUCUGGUGGAGAAAACGUCCACCUCCUCACAGCAGACGGGCAGAAUUCUGGCUCUGUGACAGACCUGAAUCGUGUGAAUAUGGAGGAAAAUGUCCCAAAGCUCAUUCUAAAGAGGAGCUCCAGGAGUGGAUAAUGCGCACUGAAGAAGUGGACGAGAUCAGACAGAACAUUGAAGCUGAGGGCCUCAUGAGUUAUAACGAAAGACUCCUGCAGGAAUACAGAAGCUGCAGCAAUGAGGUCCACAUUAUGUCUGAGUAUGUCGACGACGUGUCCAUCUCUAGUGAUGAAGAUUUGACUUUAUAUUGUGAUCAGGUUCACACAAAGCUGCAGUGGAACUUCACAGUAGAAACAGAGAGGGCACUUGAGCAUGUGGCGUUGCUGAAGCAGGAGCCUGGAGCAUGCUUUUCUCUUGAAGACGGCACCAUUUGCAUCUAUUCAUCUGGUCCCAGCUUUUACACCGAUAACACCACUUACACAAUCCCUGUGUGUUUCACUUCAGAUGUGCCUGGCCUGUAUGAGCAGUGGCUUGUACUGGAGUUUGACAUUAGGCCUGUGUUGUUGAAAAAACUAAGAGUAGUGGUGGGUCAGCGCUCGACCGAUGAUUAUGAAGAGACGGCCGUAAAUGCUGCAGUCGCUCAAACGCUCGAACGCUGGCACUCGGGAAACAGACUGAUUGUCCAUUGUAUAAACCGGACUGAGGAACAAGAGGAACUACUGAAACGAUACAAACCACCACAAAUUAACUUUCAAUUCAAACCCGCCCUUAAUCUCCACACAGAACUGAGUCAUGAGAACUACAAGGAGCAGAUGCAUCAUUUUCUGUACAGUGAGGAGCGGGCAGAGGACCGAGCUGUGUCAAAGUUAAACAUAAGUGGAGAAAUGAGAGUCAAAGACCACAUCACACUGUGGGGCACAGGGGAGCGAGAGCUUUUUGGAGAGAUCUCUCUUCCCUUCAGUCUCACUGCAGGGACGGCUGAAGGCCUGGCUCUGCGGCGAAGCAUCCACUCAGCACUGAUCGCCCCUGCAUCUAGCACAGCAAACAGUAAAGUCUAUGAAGCCAUCAUUGUGCAGGACAAGACUUCUGAGAAUGUGUUGUAUUUGAAACUGUCAAAAAGGUGCUGUUCUGAGCUCGCACUUAAACGCAAUACAUCACUUGAGAUGGAGGUCCAGUUUCAGCUCAACCGUUACCACUUCUGCAGUCUGCACAAAGCUGUGGACCUACUUCCUGAUACAAGCAGAGUUCUUCCAGACCUUGAAAAUUGCACUGUUCCCACAAACAACAAUCAGUUUGACAAGUUGAACGCAAAACAACAAGAAGCAGUACGAUUCAUGAUGGGAAAGGCAGAUAAUCAGAAAUGUGUUGCUCCGUUGCUCAUUUAUGGCCCGUUCGGCACAGGAAAAACAUUCACCCUCGCUACAGCUGCAAUGGAGAUGUGUCAGCAACCCAACAACAAAGUUCUUAUCUGCACCCACACCAACAGUUCUGCAGAUUUGUAUGUGAGAGACCAUUUUCACAAAACAGACGCUAACAUUCGGCCACUUCGGGUCAAAGCGAACACAGACCGGGGACUAUGGGCCACAGAUGAGAUUACCUUGAAGUUCUGUUUUCUCAAUGAAGAUAAGAGCAAGUUUCUACCACCAACCAAAGCAAAGUUAGAUCAGCACAAUGUCAUUGUCGUCACCACAACUAUGGCACGCCAGCUGCACGACCUGAAGCUCCCAGAGGGUUACUUCAGCCACAUUCUGAUCGAUGAAGCCUCUCAGAUGUUGGAGUGUGAGGCUCUGUCAGCCCUUGGUCUUGCCGGAGCAAAGACACGAGUGGCCUUAGCAGGAGAUCACAUGCAGUUGGGACCAAAGCUUUUCUCUGUGGAAGACCACAAGCGUUCGGAUCACACUCUGCUUACACGCUUAUUCCACUUUUAUCAGAUCCACAAGGGCGAGUCUGCACGAAGGAGUCGAAUCAUACUGAGUGACAACUACCGUUCUACCAGAGAAAUUGUAGACUUUGUUUCUGCGCAUUUCUACUCUGGUAAAGGUGAUGUAAUCAAAUCCACGGAAGAAGUGCCUCCUCCUCCAAACGGCCACGCCCUCAGGUUCAGCCAUGUCCGAGGAGAGUGCCGCUUAGACAGAGAGACAGGCACAUGGUACAACAGCGAAGAAGCCGACAGAGUGGUCGAAGCUGUUAAGGAUCUACUUCGAGACUGGCCAUCAUCCUGGGGACCACAGUCUAUAUGUGUUCUAUCAGAGGGGUUUCAGGUCAAACAAAUAAGAAGGAAAAUGUCAAAUCAAGGCCUUAAUGAGGUGAACGUUCUCAAUCUUGCAAAUGUUCAAGGUUUGCAGUUUCGAGUGGUCAUUAUAUCUGCUGUGCACUCUUGUGACUCUCUUAAGGCCCUGUCUUGUCCCGAACUGUUCAACGAUUACAUAUGGACGAAGAUCCAGGCAGCUGCAGAAGCUGGUGAUACUGAUAGGUUGGUGGAUCUCAUCGCUGCUGAUGACAUCCACCCACAGCUGAGACCCCUCACUACUCAGUUCAGGAAGUGCUUAAAUAAAGCCUAUUAUAUUCGCUCCCUGUCGUCCCAGAGCGCAGAGGUGGGCCACUAUUCUCUCCAGUUACAGAGUUACACUCAGGCCUCCUCACCAAUACGACGUUACAUCGACAUAGUGCUGCAGAGACUGUUGCACUGCUCCAUACUGAAAAGUCAGGUUCCCUUCACCAGAGAGGAGAUUAGCAGUCUGUGCACUGACUAUGACCAAAAUGCAAAGAACGCCAGAGAUGCAAAGACAGAGCAGAUGCCCCCACAGACCACUGUGUACUCAGGGAAGAUUGAACAUGUGGUAGAAAUCAGCCUCCUGUUGAAGCCUGGAAACACUCUACGGGUCCAAAUGACCUGUGAGGUGCACAGGGGCUACUGGAGACCUGCCAUUCAGCUGGUGUGCAGAUAA